GGCGGUCAGGCCGUGGAGCGCCGCGCAGCCCAGAUAAAAUGGAGAUCUUCCGUCGGUGCAUUUAGGAAUGCAACUUGGAUCUCGGGAGGAUGUAUAAAGAUUAAAUGUCAAGCGCCAAAAUGAGUGUGACUUCGUGGUUCUUGGUGAGCAGCACUGGCAUUCGCCAUCGUCUCCCUCGGGAGAUGAUAUUUGUUGGCAGAGAUGACUGUGAACUGAUGCUCCAGUCCCGCAGUGUCGAUAAGCAGCAUGCUGUGAUCAACUAUGACAAGGAGAAAGAUGAGCACUGGGUGAAGGAUCUUGGGAGUUUAAAUGGCACAUUCGUCAAUGACAUGAGAAUACCAGACCAGAAGUACAUCACCCUAAAACUGAACGAUGUCAUUCGCUUUGGCUAUGAUUCAAACAUGUAUGUCCUGGAACAAAUUCAACACAAAGUCCCAGAAGAAGCAUUAAAGCAUGAGAAGUACACCAGCCAACUUCAGAUGAAUUACAAAGGCACAGCAAUGAAGAGGGCAGAGCAGCCCAUGGAGCACAGUGGCUACACAGAGUCCCCACAAUCGAAGCUGGAGAAAGGAGAAAGGAAAGCAAUUACAGAAACCAGUAGUUACCGCACCCCACUUUAUGGGCAGCCCUCCUGGUGGGGGGAAGAUGAUGCAAAUAACAAGGAGGACAGAAGGCAAGAGGAACAUUAUUCAGAAAGACCAAAAGAGAUAACCCAACAUGAAGAGGAACUGAAUGGUAAUAUUUCUGCUUAUAGAGAUGCCCAAGAACAGUCUGUGUUUGCCUUCCGUAGAGAGCCGAGUUACUUUGAGAUUCCAACUAAAGAAUUUCAGCAGCCAUCAAAAUCUCAAGAAACACAGGUUCAUGAGAUCCCAACAAAAGAUAUUGAUGCUGUAGUAGCCCCUGUUGUACAGAGUCAUGCCUCUUUCACCAUUGAAUUCGAUGAUGGUACCCCGGGUAAAAUAAAGAUAAAAGACCAUGUGACUAAAUUUUCACUCAGACAGAGAAGACCUUAUAGUAAAGAACCAGCUCAUACAGAAGUGAUGUCAGCAGAGAGCAAAGUGGCUGACUGGCUUGUCCAGAACGACCCAAGCUUGAUGAGACGGCAGUCUCCAAGUGAUGAUGUGUACAGUACAAAGAGUGACCUGCCGGUUCACGUGAGGACGCUUAAAGGCAAUAGGCACGAGGACGGGACGCAGAGCGACUCUGAAGACCCCGUGGUCCCCAAGGCAGAGAAGGAGACGACAACUGGCAGUGAACGUGCGACAGAGCAAACCAAGCUGCAGCGCCAGAUGAGGCGUGAUCCCCACGAGAUGCUGCACAACAAGCAGGCUUUUGUCAUUGAAUUCUUCGAGGACACGCCGCGGAAGAAGCGGUCACAGUCCUUCACACACAGUGCUCACUCCUCCCAGAGUGACACUGAUCCAGCGAUGAAGACCAAGGCUGAAAAGCGCAAGAAUGCGUUGCCAGCGGAGAAGCUGGGAAAUGCAGUGCCAUCAUCUCAUCUUGGGGCCCAGACAGGCAAACCCAGUAACAGCUCCUCCGGGACCCAAAGAACUAGCUCCUUCAAGAGGGAGAAGACAGAGGAUCGGAUCAGCAAUUCAACCUCUUCUGCUUCCAGAGUCAAAACUUAUGGGAGUGUUGGGAGGAAGUCUAAAAUGGCUCAGGAUUUUAUGGCUGAAUACUUGCGGGAGACUGCUCAGUCUGGGAAGCCAAAUGCUGAGAAACCAGCACCUCUGCCUGUGCCAGUAGCUCCUCAUGUGGUUAUAUCAUCAGAACCAGAGUCUGCCUCUACUCCACCUCCAGACAUAAAGUCUGCCCAGGGCAGGAGGAAUGAUGAGGAAGACAGUGUAAGUGAGACGGGCACAUACACAAUUGAGACGGAGUCACAGGAUAAAGAGGUGGAGGAAGCACGAAAAAUGAUAGAUCAGGUUUUUGGUGUUCUUGAGUCUCCUGAAUUUUCCAGAAUCUCUUCAGCUUUUAGACCAAUAAUUAAAGGUGAAAAAGAUGACUCCAGUUCUCAUCAGCAUCUAAUCAGUGAAAAUGGCACUAGUCAGAAGUCACCCUUGCUCCAGGCAUUUGCCUCAAAAGCUGUGAGUGGGUCUCAGGCUGAUGCACAGAUGUCUGCAGCAUCUCAAGGAAGUCAGAAGUGGGUGUCCAGGUGGGCAAGCCUUGCGGACAGUUACUCUGACUCUGGAUCUGUCUCUGGGCAGGGUGAUGGAGGUGCAGAAAAUGGUGUAGCCCCAAAAUCUGGGGAACCAGAAAACACUGUGCCCUUGAGAACAAGACGCCUUCUUCCACAACUCCCACCAAGUGAUAAAUCGGACAGCCCUACACCCACGGUCCUGGUUUGCCAGGAGUCCUAUUCUGAGGUUACCAAGCGAACCAUUGUGAAAGACCACUGCAUGGAAGCCUAUGGCGAUCCCAGCAGCCGUCUCUUCAUCCAAGAAGACUUGGAUCCAGAUAGCCUUAGUGAUGCCAGCAGAUCUGAUGAUGGCUUAAGCACAGAAAAAGGCAAGAAAUAUAAAGAGAACAAUAAAAUGCUAGAGCAGAUGGGAGAAGACGCAAGAUCAGAGAGUCAGCUGUCAGGAGUCUCCCGAGUCUCAAAUAUGAGAGUUGUAAGUGAGCCAGUUUCUACUUCAUUCUACAUUGGUGAUGACAGCAAUGAAGUGGGGAUUCCCUCCAAGCUCUCUCUGAGCAUGCCCCAUGCUCGAUCAGACAAAGACAGCAAGGAUCAGGAGUUUUCCUUCAAAUCUGCUGGCACACCAGUUCCUGGAAAGCCACCCAUCAAAGAUGUUAGUGCUUAUGUAAGUGCAUCUGGAAAAGUUGUUAUUUCCCUUCAUCAGAGUCUUCCUCAAGAUCAAGAAAACAUGGCAGGAAAAGAAGCAUCAUCUUUUGUUAGACAGGAAAGUUUUACCAAAGAUAAAUCUAGCAGUGGUGCUCCUCAGAACAAACUCCCACAUAUUUCAAGUCACCCUCUACUUAAAGAUUUAGAGGCUGUUCGGUCAACUCGUAUGGACUUUGGUCAGGAGACUCACCUUCUCCUUAAGGACACUGAAACUGCGUUGGCAGCACUGGAAGCCAAAUUACUUGGUCAAAGCCAACAGUUGGAGCCCUUGGAAACUGCUGGUCAGCUGGAGGACUCCUUGUCUGGGGACUCGGAUGUGGAUACUGCCAGCACAGUCAGCAUGGUGAGUGGCAAAAAUGUCCCAACAAGUGCCCCGAAGCGCAAAGUGAUUGCGAGCUUGCAGAAGGAGAAAUCUUCCUCCACGCCAUCCAUCCAGGACCAGUGCGUGCAGCCCACUGCUCGGGACAGGCUGACGGAGAAGAGGAAGACACAGGCACCAGAGGCAUCAAAUCGCGUGGAGGCUGCCAAACGCUUCCAGAUGAAGCGCAGUGCUGGGACUCGAGGGUCUCUUGACUUCACAGAUGAUGAGAGAAGCUCAAGCUUGCCCUACUUGCCGGUCCCUGAUGCAGUUGUGUCUGACCAUGAGCACUCUGUAACCCGUCCGGUUCCCAGAAGAAAACCUUUUACUCAGGCCACCAAGGAGGACCACAGCAAAACAACCUCCAAUGUGCAGAAAAUCCAGCAAGUCCUCACCCGCUCUAACAGUUUAUCCACCCCGCGACCCACAAGGGCCUCGAAGCUUCGUCGUGCCCGACUGGGAGAUGCCUCAGACAACGAAUGUGUUGAUACUGAGAAAACAGCUUCCAACCCUGAAGCCACUGCUCCAGGCCCCAAGCAGUCCACGGAGACAAAGAAGCUCUCCCGGCUGGACAUCCUCGCAAUGCCGAGGAAAAGGGCAGGUUCAUUUACAGUGCCCAGUGACUCUGAGACAGCACAGUCGAGGACUGGGUUUUCUGGCCGGAGUGUGGAGUCCUGUCGGAAGACAGGUGUUUCAGAUGUUAGAGCUGUGGCGAGGAAAAUGGCAGCCGCUGCCUCUGCAAAGCAGCCUUUCAACAGGGCUCGUUCAAGCAGUGUCAAGUAUUCCUCCUCAUCUGCCACACAGACACCGAGGAUACGUGGCUCUGGGCUGAGCAAGCAGAAGCACAAUGGCAGAGAAACAGAUGAUGAUGAAGAAUUUGAUGACCAUCCUGACCCCUACAACUUCAUGGCGCAAACAGCAGAGAUAGCAGAAAUAGCCAGGCUCAGCCAAACCUUGGUUAAGGAUGUGGCCAUCCUUGCUCGCGAGAUUCAUGACGUUGCUGGAGAUGGGGACUCACAGAGUUCAUCGGGGACAGGACCAAGCACUUCCCUCAGCUCUAUGCCCAACACUCCUGCUUCUACCAUAUCGGCGAGAGAAGAGUUGGUGCAGCACAUUCCAGAAGCAAGUCUGAACUACCAAAAAGUGCCUCCAGGAUCAAUGGAACUGAAGGAUUUUGACCAAAAUAUGAAUGAUAAUAGAGAAGAGGAUCCCUCAAGAAAAACAAGGACAAGAAACCGUGAGGAGGUAAUCUUUGACAAUCUGAUGUUGAACCCAGUGUCCCAGUUAUCACAUACAAUCCGUGAAAAUACAGAAAACCUUGCUGAAAAAAUGAAGAUUCUGUUUCAAAAUUCAGAAAGGACCUGGGAGGAAAUGGAGGCCAAAAUUAAUUCAGAAAAUGAAGUGCCAAUUCUGAAAACUUCAAACAAGGAAAUCAGUUCUAUUCUGAAGGAGCUCAGGAGAGUUCAAAAACAGCUUGAAGUCAUAAACGCUAUCAUUGACCCUACUGGAAACUUGGAUGUAGUUGCCAGUAACAAAGCAUCUGCUGCUGCUAAACAAUCUACAGCCACUAAAGUCAGGACUGCUAACAAUACUGGGUCAACACUGGAGACUUUGUCCACAGCACAGAUGAGAAACUACACACAGAAAUCGAACUGUGGGUCUUCUAGCUUACAAGAUUCGAAUUUCAUUCCAGAUGGAGAGAAGUAUGUGAUCUGAUAGAAUAUUUUGUAUUGUUAUCAUAUUGUAAUCUAUUGUUGCAUUAGUAUUGUGUAUGAGUGGUUUGUGGACAGUUUGUGUGGAGCAGUUGUUUAGAUUGCUAACACGUUGCACAAAAAGAUAAUCUAUGCUGUGAGGGUGGAUGGAAGGUCUGUGUAUGCCUUUUAAACAAGACUAACACUGUGGAGCAGCACAUAUUCAGCAUAGAGGCAAACUGAUUUUUGGAAAAUUACUCACUACUUCUUCCAGUGUGCCAUAAGAAAACAGGCUUUGCACAUGCUCCAUCCAAUACUGUCAAAGAUAAAGUGUUGCAUUGACCUGUUCAUCAUUUUUCAGUUGUAAUGAGGCGCAAUUUUAAAAACCUUUUUUUUUGGUACUAUAUUCUAUAUUUGCUUUGGUUUUGUUUUUCUUUUAAGUGUAAAAGUGAAGCAUAACAACUUUGUUGGAAUCAAUGUGAAAAUCCAACAGAAUGAUCGUGCAAUAUCAUGGGUUUGUAUUUGAAACUCUUAGUACAGUUGUGUAAAAAGCCAUAAAAAGGCAACCACAGUGAAGUUGUGCAUCUUUUUCAGUCCAAGACCCAAAACAGAACAGAAUGAACUAUUUUUUUUUUUUUGCUCUACAGAAAGUAUAAAAGUUAAUGCUGAUAUGAAUGUAAAGACUACUAAUACAAUUACUAUUUUUGAUGGUGUUUCAGGCCCAAUGUUUGGGGUAGGUACAAAAAGUCAGAUUUUACAGUUUAGCUUGCCAAAUUUUCAUGACUUUGCUACAAAUGCUGUCUUUAAGCUGCUAUUUGGUUUUGGUUGUUUUGUUGGAGGUUUGGUUUUUUUCCCCCUUUACAUAUACAACCUUUUACAAUGAGCUACAAAUGCUCUUGGCUGAGCCAAAGACUAAAAUAUUGUGAUUAGGUAAUUGCUAAUAAAAACAUCUGUUCCAAUGGCUCAUGCAAUAAACUUAAUUACACAGUUGCUGUAAACUAGUGUUCACUUGACAGCGCUGAAAAAAUGAUGGCUUAAAAUGUAGCUUCACCUUUUAUGGAUAGUUCUGUUAUGAAUCUUUUUCAAUGCGAAAGUGCUUGAAGACCAUCAUUCUGUGGUAUUCUUCAGAUACUGUUAAACAGUGUCAGGCACUUGGUACGUUUGCCAUUUUUUGUCUGCAUUUUGGUUUUGGUUUGUUAUAAUCCUACAAACACUAAGGGUUAUGCACAGUUGCACUGAGCAAUUUCUUGUUUAAAACCAGUUGUUUUCUUAUAUUCUGUCUUUCUGCUAAAGUGCAAAACACUUAAGCAAUUUUUGUGGCUUGAAGAACUAAGUUUUUGGGUUUUGAGGGGGCCUCUUCCAGAUGGGUUUGCUCCCAGUUUUUUCAGUCUUGUAUCAAUUCCUUUUUAAUUCUUCCUGAUCAAUAAAAAGUAAUUGAGUAAAGAAGUUCUUUUGUAGCUGACGAGGAUACAUUUACUGGGAAAUGUGAGCAGAUGAGUUCCACUUUGCCCUCAUACAGUGUGUAGUUUAACCAGUGAAAAUGGUUUCCCAAACUUGACUGCUUCUUGUGUGCUGACUUUAUAUUUUGGGGGUGGGUAGUGGAUUCUUUAGUUAGCUUCAGUAGUUACCUGAGCUUUUCUGCUAGAAUGUUGUAACAGGGGGAACCUGUUAAAAUAAUUUAAAUAAAUAGGGAUGCUCACAAAGUGUUUAAUCUUACUAGCCAAGAUCGUGAUGGCUUUCCUGGUGAUGCCAGUGGGAGCUGUCUAUCAAUUCAGCAGAAACAGGAUCAGUCCCAGAGUGGGAGUAUGCCAACAGGCCAUUAGUUUCUUCAAGUGUGCAAGAUGCUGGCUGAUAAACAUAAGUGCAAAUAUCCUUCCAAGAUUUCCAGUAGGUAUAAGACUCAUCAGCUUGUAUGGAGAUGCUCUUCCAUGAAGAAGUCUGCUGGAUUUCAUGUAGAUGAAUGCAGAAUAAAAAAGAAUUUGCCCUUGAUGUUCUUCUGCCUGUAAUAUAUGCACUAUCUGAAUGUGUUCAUUCCGUUGUUUAUUCUGAUCUGUCUUUUCUUGAAGUACCUAUGUCCUUGAUGAGUAUCAUAAGUGGUGGUAUUGUGUCUGACAUAUAAGACACCAUUUUUAAGGUUCUUCUGGGUUAGGGUUUGAACCAACCAGAUGCUACCUCAACUCACUAGGAGUUGAAGGACCUUCACUGAUAAGGUAUUGUUAGUUUCAGUUUUGCUGUAGAGACAAGUGAGUUGCGCAGACAUCUGACGUAUUAUUUGAUAACUGUGUUUAUACCUCUUCAUGGUUAUGCUCUAGUGGAUUUUAUUUCUCUAAACAGAGGUCCUAUCAUGUACUUUCACUUGAAAAUUGCUUUUUUCUUCUUUCAUCCAUGAAUACAUUAGGGAUGAAUUUUAUUCCUUGGUUGCUCUGUUCUGAACUCAGGAGAGAUUCCACAGACACCUAGCAUCAAUUAACCCACAAAAUAUGGUACCUCUUCAAGUGACUAAUAAAGAUGCAACAGUUGGUGUCUGUUUAUAAUUUGGAAAUGUGUGUGUGAAGGGGGUGGAGGAUGCACAGCUUGAUUUGUUUUAUUUGUGACUCAGCUAAACUUUAAAAUGCUUCUGUGUCCUGACAUGACAUUCCUUGGAUCUCUGCAUUUAAAACAGUUUUGCGAGUUAAUGAUGAAAUGAAACUUUUUCUUGUAUUCACUGCUUCAGAAGUACACCCCAUUUGCACUUGCCUGUUCCAGACAAGCCAAAGAGCUGGCCACCUGACUAACUCCUUCAUUGAUUGUUCAUUAUUACAAGCAGUACUGUAUGCGAUCAUUAAAACAUGCCUCUGGGUGACUCCACUAGAAGUGGUGUAUCUAGGUGGCCCAGGAUCAGUGUGUUAAAUACCUGUUGGCUUCUGUGAGGUAUGGAUGGGCCUUGUGUUGAGGUUGUUAGUGGUGACAGUGGUCUGUGGGUCACUUUCAUACCAUAUUGCUUUCAUGUGUUUUGUAUCUGACUAAAAAAAUGUAAUGAAGGAUGGGAUUCUCAAAGUCCUGGGGAAAGCAAAUGCUCAGGUCCAUUUGGGUUUCCAUACUAUUUGGGUGCCUGAUGCCAUGCACACCUUUCAAAAUCCCAGCCUCAGCUCUUCCAUUAUACUUGAAAACCAUGUUCUCAGUCUGAUGCUUUCAAAUGUAAAAACCUGUUACUCUGUUCUGAUAGCGUGAAUGUAAAUUCCUGUGAGAAUGUGUAUGAGCUUUGGGGGCAAGGACCUAAAUGUAUCUACAAUGACAUCAUGUUGUGGUCGUGCUCCUGGAGAAACGGAACGCCUGCAUCACCUUUGAGUAUUUCAGUAAAGGUACAACUAGUGGAAUGUUUACAUACAGCCUACUGAAACAAAAAAAAAGAGGAGAGAAAAGAAAGAUAAAGUGUAUAGUAUUUAAGUGCAAAAUCUGGCUAGUUUUUUGCUUGUUUUGCAGAUCACACUAGCUAUUUUUGAAGUUCUGUAAAUGUGUAUAACUUUUGCAAAGGCCAGACAGAACUACCUGUUCACUUUCAAUGUGCCCCGUGCUUAAUUGUGCCUAUUUCACUCUCUGCUGUUGUUAUGCUGCUGAUUCUGCUGUUCUGAACUGUUCACUGGAUCAUUCCAUUUGCAUGCAACACAAAUGCAAGCUGAGCUGUCUGAGAGUAAAGCUGAAACACAUUUGUAUAACUUGAAUCAAUGACUUUCUCUUUUCCACACCCUCUUGAAAUGCUGUGUAUAUUUUUGAUUUGUUUCUCCUGCCCAAAUUGUUUUCCUCUUUUGUUUUCUUUUUGAAUGGUAAUUUAUUUUUGUUCGGAUUAUAGGCAGUAUCUGUACAUUUUGUUUCAAAGUGAUGUUGUGGACAUCUUUAAAAGACAAAUUGUUAUUUUAUAUAAUUUUAUCGUAAAAUUGCUCUAAUAAAUCAUUCUUUUAUCAUGUGACAAA